UCGUGAUUGAAAUUGGAGAUGAGAAAAAGCAGACGUCUGUGAAAGAAGGAACCAAUGCUCCCUUUUACAAUGAGUAUUUUGUGUUUGACUUCUUUUGCAAUCAAGACAUCUUUUUUGACAAAGUCAUCAAACUUUCUGUUAUGCACUCAAAGAUCAUGAAGAGCUUCUGUGUGGGAAUGUUCAAGAUUGAUGUCGGGACGGUUUACUCCCAACCUGGCCAUCGGUUCAUCAAUAAGUGGGCCACGCUCACAGACCCCGCUGACAUCCGCACAGGGGUGAAAGGGCACUUAAAGUGUGAUAUCAGCGUGUCAGGAAAGGGAGAUGUUGCACUACCGUCCCAGAAGUUCAGUGAUGCAGAGGAACAGAUAGAUAAGCACCUCCUGCUUCCUGAAGGCUUAAGCCCUGAACGGCCAUGGGCUCGGUUUUACGUGAUAGUGUACCGAGCAGAAGGUCUUCCCAGAAUAAACUCCAGUAUUAUGGCCAAUGUGACCAAAGCCUUUGUUGGAGACACGACAGCCCUCAUAGAUCCUUACGUAGAGGUGUCAUUCUUCGGUCAAGUUGGCAGGACGUCUACUCAGAAGAGCACAGCAGAACCAGUAUGGAACGAGCAGGUGGUGUUUAAGGAGAUGUUUCCUCCACUGUGUCAAAGACUGAAAAUUCGGGUUCUGGAUGAGGGAAGCAUGAAUGAUGUGGCCAUUGGGACUCAUUACAUUGAUCUACACACCAUCUCAAACGACAAUGAUGGAGACAACGGUUUCCUGCCCACAUUCGGACCAGCAUGGAUCAACCUCUACGGCUCACUUCGUAAUUCCACACUGGUGGACGACAGCCAGGAGCUGAACGAGGGUGUUGGAGAGGGGGUGUCCUACAGAGGCAGGGUUUACAUAGAACUGGGUGUGGAAAUCCUGUCUGGAGGUGCUGAAUCUAAAUCCCUGCUUUCAAAGAUCAGUCUGAAAGAUACCAAGGGAGGGAAAGCAGCGGGGAAAGAUCCCAAAACUGGGACAGGAGCUGGAGGUGAGGAGGAGAAGUCCAAGACUAUAGGACCUGAGGUGAUGCCAGUGGAGCCCACACAGAAGAUCAAUGAUGGAGACAAGGAAACCUUCCUGCUCUUUGGCUGUGUGUUCGAGGCUUCCAUGAUUGACAGAAGAAUCGGUGAUAGACCUAUCAGCCUUGAGUUCACCAUUGGUAACUUUGGGAAUUUAAUUGAUGGUGUUGCACCGCCUCCUUCAAAGAAAAAGCUUGAAGAUGUGUCCCUUACCACUCCUCUUCUGGACACCACAGCAACAAUGACGUGCAAAUCUACUACAAUACCAGAGAGACCUCUUUUCGGAGAUGCACAGAGGCACUACAUGCACUUACCCAUCACAGCGCAAAAGCCCUGUGUGUAUGUUUAUGGCAGCUGGGAGGAUCGAGUUUACCGACUCCAUCACGCCAACAUGCUGGACACAAUCGCCCUGAUGUUUGAGGAGGGAAUCGCUAAGGUGGCAGAAUUGGAUAAAAUGUUGUCUCCAGAGGCAUGGUCUCUUAUGCAUCAUGUUCUUCGGGAAUUUAGAAGAGAUGCCAGAGAGUUUAUUGCUUUUGCUGAAAAAAAGGUGAAGGGAAGCAACUUGACCUUACUGGACAAAAAGAGGCUGACACUGUGCAAACAGGAGCUGGAGAGUAUGACUGAAGUAGCAGGAGGACUCCUUGAGCCCAAGAGGAGAUCUUUGACUGUAAAAGAGAUGCUGCUGGAAGUCCAGAAAAUUAAAAAGAAACUGAGAUUUCUGGUCGAAGAGCCUCAGCACACUUUACCAGAUGUGUUUGUGUGUCUGGUCAGUAAUAACAAGCGUCUGGCGUAUGCCAGAAUCCCUGCUCGUCACCUUCUCUUCUCUGAAAGCCCAGAGCAGAGAGGCAGAGACUGUGGGAAGAUCAAGACCCUGUUCCUCAAGCCUCCAGGGAAGCGUGGACCGGGGUGGACCGUCCAGGCUAAACUUGAUGUGUACUUGUGGCUGGGAACUUGCAGAGAUUCAUCCUGCAUGUUGAAUGAUCUCCCAUCAGGCUUUGAACUGGAAGGCGUCUCAUCUGAGGACAGGACUGGCCCUCCUCCUGAGUAUUUACUCUACACAGAGAAGCACAUGUUCCAGCUGAGGGCUCAUAUGUACCAGGCUCGUGGUCUCAUCGCAGCAGACAACACUGGCCUCUCAGACCCCUUUGCCUGGGUGUCUUUUCUGUCCUAUAGCCAAAGCACUGGUAUCAUCAAGCAAACACUGACUCCCACGUGGAAUCAGCUGAUUCUGAUAAAUAACGUGUCUCUGUAUGGAGGGCUUGAUGAAAUAGUCCAGGACCCCCCGCUAGUUGUGAUUGAAGUGUAUGAUGAUGAUGCAGUGGGUACAGAGUACCUGGGGUCGACAGUGGCUGUUCCUGUAGUCAAACUGUCAGAGGAGCGAUACUCCCCUCCUCAGCUGAAGUACAGUCCAUUGUUCUGUGGCGGCCUGUCAGGAGGAGACAUACUGGGAGCCUUUGAACUCAUUCAGAUCUCAAAGUCAGGAGAACACACACUCCCUGAUUUAGAUGAGCCAGAUGGAGGGGUUAUCCCUGUACCUUCAUACAUCCGGCCUGUGCUGUGCAAGUACAGAAUUGAGGUUUUGUUCUGGGGCCUCAGAGAACUGAAGAAAGUUCAGCUCUUAUCCGUCGAUCGGCCUCAAGUUUUUAUCAAGUGUGCAGGAGCAGGCGUCAACUCCUCAGUGAUACAGAGUUACAAGAAAAACCCGAACUUCACAAUACUUGUGGAUGCCUUUGAUGUGGAGCUGCCUGAAGAAGAACACCUCCUCCCUCCACUUACCAUCACCGUUGUAGACUGGAGGGCCUUUGGACGGAGCACACUUGUGGGUAGUCAUAUGAUCAACAACUUGGCGUUAUUCAAGCACAUCCCUUCACCGAUCCAACAGCCCCAACAGGAGCCCAGAAACAUAGCAGUGUCUCUGCUGUCUCUGCAGCAAAGUGUUGUGCCACCGCCAAAUGAGGAGAUCGCCAUUGAAAUAGAGCAGGAGGAGAUAAUCCAGUCUCCCCCCAAAACUGAGCCAGACUUCCAGGACCAGAAGGUGUCGAAGAAGAGCAAACGAAGAUCUACUAAAAGGAAGAAACGCACCACGGCUGAUGAGUCUGCUGAUAACGUCAUCGAUUGGUGGUCGAAAUACUAUGCAUCAAUGCAGAAGGUCCAACAGGCAAAGCAAAAAGAAAACAAUCCAUUUCCACUGCUCUUUGAAAAUACAUCAGGUCUUAAAGACAAGAAAAAAGAGGUGAAUUACAAGAGUGUGAUAGAACAGCCCAGGCUUGCAACAUUACAGGUGUAUGACAAAGAGCUGGAGGCAGAGUUUGGGCCUUUUGACGACUGGGUUAAAACCUUUGAACUCUACCGAGGAAAGGCCAAUGAGGAGGACAGCUCUGCUGAUGAGAGAUUUGUCGGGAAGUUCAAGGGCAGGUUCUGUCUGUACAAGAUGCCAGAAACAGACAAUGAGGAAGAGGAUGGAUAUUUGGAUUCUGGGCAGUUUAAAAUAAACCAGGGUAUUCCUCCAAACACCGCAGUAGACGUCCUGAUCCGUGUGUACAUAGUUGCAGCCUUCAACCUGCACCCUGCGGAUCCAGAUGGCAAAGCAGACCCUUACAUAGUGCUGAAACUUGGGAAAACUGAGAUCAAAGACAGAGUCAAUUACAUCCCAAAGCAGCUCAACCCAGUGUUUGGAAGAUCCUUUGAAUUUCAAGCCACUUUCCCCAAGGAAUCCCUGCUAACUAUUCUCAUCUAUGACUAUGAUACUGUCGGUGGUGAUGAUUUGAUUGGAGAAACGCACAUCGAUUUGGAGAACCGUUUUUACAGCAGGCAUCGAGCUACCUGUGGUCUGCCUACUGAAUAUGCCAUUGAGGGUUAUAAUGCAUGGAGGGACUGCAUCAAACCAGCGGACCUGUUGAUUAAGCUUUGCAAAGAAAACAGACUGGACAACCCUCACUUUUCUCCAGGACGCAUUACCAUAGGAAACAAAGUCUUCACAGGGAAAACUGUAUUUGCUGAUGAAGAUCAGAUGGUGGAGUCGUACGAGCACUUGGCUCUAAAGGUGCUGCACAGGUGGCCUGAGUUGACCAGUGGGGCCUGUAAACUUGUCCCAGAGCAUAUUGAAACUCGCGCACUCUACCUCAAGGACAAACCAGGAAUAGACCAGGGCCAUCUGCAGAUGUGGGUGGACAUUUUUCCAAUGGAUCUGCCUCAUCCUGGCCCUCCUGUGGACAUUUCCCCUCGCAAACCCAAAGGGUAUGAACUGAGAAUCAUUAUCUGGAACACUGAAGAUGUAAUACUAGAGGACACCAACUUCAUUACAGGACAGCAGUCAAGUGACAUUUAUGUCAAAGGGUGGUUAAAGGGUCUUGAAGAUGACGGCCAGGAAACUGAUGUCCAUUACAAUUCUCUGACCGGAGAGGGUAACUUCAAUUGGCGCUUUGUGUUCCCCUUUAACUACCUGCCAGCUGAGAAAGUGGUGGUGGUUCAAAAGCGAGAAAACAUCUACUCUUUGGACAAAACUGAACAGAAGAUCCCUGCAGUCCUUGUUAUGCAGGUGUGGGACUUUGAGAGGCUUUCUUCUGAUGACUUCCUGGGCUCAGUGGAGUUGGACCUGCAUGGGUUUCCACGUGGAGCUAAAUCAGCUAAAGCUUGUAAGAUAGAAAUGCUGACAGAAACCACAGAGAACAUCUCUAUCUUUCAGCAGAAACGCUCCAAAGGCUGGUGGCCCUUCAUUAAAGCUGGCGAACUCACAGGGAAGGUAGAAGCGGAGUUCCACCUCGUGACAGCUGAAGAGGCAGAGAAAAAUCCAGUGGGCCGUGCACGAAAAGAGCCAGAGCCUCUAGAGAAACCAAAUCGUCCAGACACAUCCUUCUCCUGGUUUAUGAAUCCUUUCAAGUGCUUCUUUCACCUGAUCUGGGGGAACUACAAGAAAUACAUCAUUGCUGGACUGGUGCUGUUGAUCGUGACCUUGUUCCUGGUUCUUAUCUUCUACACCCUACCAGGGGCGAUCAGUAGUAAGAUAGUCAAUGGGUAAUUAAGCACCCAUAUAAAGUCACUGGAAACAAUGGAGCAGCACAAAUUUAAUUCUUGUUGCUUUAAUGCAUUGCCAUCUUGAAGCACACAUUUAAACACUUGCUCAGGAGCAUAACUUGAUUGAUUUUAGGAACAGUCUUAUAUUAUCUUAAGAUCUUAUAUUUUAUUUAAUAUGCACCAACAAAUGUAACAUACACAACAUUAAACAUUUAAUAAUCGUUAAACAGCAUAACACUGAACAUAGCACAUGAAAACUGUAGGAAACAUAUUUUAAUCACAUCCUACCUAGUGUAAAAAGAUGAAAUGUUCUACUGUAGAGCUUUAAAACUUGAGAAAUGGUUAUGUAGUGACAUUCAAAAUGACAGUAACAAGUAAAAAAUGAACAUUUGUGUAAAUUAUAUAAAACAAGCGAGAGUAACCCCAAUCGGUCCAUGUCAUAUAAAUUUGUGAGGGUUAAAAUAAAUAUCUUGGUAGUCUUUGUGAAACACAUUGUGUAUUGCCUUAUAUUGAUUUCAGUGUUUUCUCUCAGCUGAUUGAAAUUCCAUGUCACUUCUCAGAAUACCAAUUAAACUGAAUUAAAGGUAAUCUUUUCCAAUAAAUAAAAAAGCUUUAUAAAGUUCUUAUUCAAAGACAAAAACAA